AUGUUCUCAGUGGGUGGCUCUGUGACUCCCUCCUUUCUGACAUGCCGGGCUCUGGAGUCGCUGAUCUUCUGUGACUCUGAAGCGUCCUGCCUGUUGUGUUUGCUCACACUCACCCGUGCCUUCCCUCAGUCCCUGUCACCUCCACUCAGAUUCCAUCUCCCUGUGACCCAGUGACAGGACCUUGGGAAAAGGCUCCAUUGGACACAGGCCUCGAUAGGGCUUCACACCCAGAUGUGGAUUGCAGAGAAGAGGCCUUUGACAUUCAGGGAUGUGGCCAUAGAAUUCUCUCAGGAGGAAUGGACGUGCCUGGACCUUGCUCAGAGGACUUUAUACAGGGACGUGAUGUUGGAGAACUAUAGGAACCUGGUCUCCCUGGAUGUUCUGCCCUUCACCAUAGUAGGCGCAGGUCUAUCUUCUAUAUCUAUGAUAAGCGAAUUGCCACUUAAAGAGAGCGGUAAUACAGGAGAAAUAUCCCAAACAGUGAUGUUGGAAAGGCACGAAAGCCAUGACAUGGAAGAUUUUUGGUUUAGGAAAAUCCAGAAAAAUAUACAAAACUUUGAGUAUCAGUGGCAAGUUGCUGAAAGAUAUUACCAAAGAAUCCAUAAUACCCAUGAGGAAAAUCUCAAUGGUAGAAGAGACCAGCAUGACAGAAGGAAUGUAGAAAAUAAGUUUAUUAAAAAUGAGGUUGGAUUAAACUUUCAGUCACAUCUACCAGAACUGGAACUAUUUAUGACUGAAGAGAAAAUUUAUGAAUGGAAUCACAUGAAGAACUAUGUCAACAAUUUCUUGGUUUCCCCACUGGACAGAAUUCCUUCUACUAUCAAUCCCCAUAUAUGUCAUGAAGAUGAGUAUGAUUUUGUGGAUUCAUUAUUUACACAGAAACCGAAAGCACACAUAGAGACAGAAUAUUACAAAUGUAAUCGGUGUGGCAAGACCUUUAAUCAAGGCUUACAUUUCACUGUACAUCAAAUAAUCCAUGCAGAAGAUAAACGAUUUGAAUGUGGUAUAUGUGCCAAGGUCUUUAAUAAAAAAUCAUGCCUUGUAAGUCAUCAGAGAAUACAUACUGGAGAGAAACCUUACAAAUGUAACGAAAGUGGCGAGGUCUUCAAUAAUAUUUCACAUGUUGCACAACAUCGGAGAAUGCACACUGGAGAGAAACCUUACAAAUGUAAUGAAUGUGGAAAGGUACUCCAUCAAAUUUCACACCUGGCAAAACAUCAGGCAAUCCAUACUGGAGAGAAACCUUACAAAUGUAAUGAAUGUGGUAAGGUGCUCAGUCGAAAUUCAUACCUAGUACAACAUCGGACAAUCCACACAGGAGAGAAACCUUACAAAUGUAUUGAAUGUGGGAAGGAAUUCCAUUAUAAGUCAUCCCUAGCAAGUCAUCAGACAGUUCAUACUGGAGAGAAACCUUACAAAUGUAAUGAAUGUGGCAAGGUCUUUAAGCAUAUAUCACCCCUUGCACGACAUCGGAGAAUUCAUACUGGAGAUAAACCUUACAAAUGUAAUGAAUGUGGCAAGCUGUUCAGUCGAAAUUCUCACCUUGUAAAUCAUCAAAGGAUCCAUACCGGAGAGAAACCUUACAAAUGUAAUGAAUGUGGCAAAGUGUUCAGUCAAAAUGCACAGCUUAUAAAUCAUCAAAGAAUCCAUACUGGAGAGAAACCUUACAAAUGUAAUGAAUGUGGCAAAGUCUUCAGUCAAAAUUUAUAUCUUGUAUAUCAUCGCAGAAUUCAUACUGGAGAGAAACCUUACAAAUGUAAUGAAUGUGGGAAGGUCUUUAAACAUAUUUCACACCUUGCACAACAUCGGAGAGUUCAUACUGGAGAGAAACCUUACAAAUGUCAUGAAUGUGGGAAGGUGUUCAGUCAUAAGUCAUCCCUAGGAGAUCAUUGGAGAAUUCAUACUGGAGAGAAACCCUACAAAUGUAAUGAAUGUGGCAAGGUCUUCAGUCGCAAUUUAUACCUUGUGCAACAUCUAAGAAUUCAUACUGGUGAGAAACCUUAUAAGUGUAAUGAGUGUGGCAAGGCAUUCAGUCAAAAUUCACACCUUGUAAAUCAUCAAAGAAUCCAUACUGGAGAGAAACCUUACAAAUGUAAUGAAUGUGGCAAGGUCUUUAAUCAUAUUUCACACCUUGUAGUUCAUCAAAGAAUCCAUACUGGAGAGAAACCUCACAAAUGUAAUGAAUGUGGCAAGGUCUUUAAUCAUAUUUCACACCUUGCACGACAUCGGAGAAUUCAUACUGGAGAGAAACCUUACAAAUGUAAUGAAUGUGGCAAAUUCUUCUGUGAUAAGUCAAACCUAGCAAGUCAUUGGAGAAUUCAUACUGGAGAGAAACCUUACACAUGUAAUGAAUGUGGUAAAGUGUUCAGUCGCAAUUCACACCUUGUCAAUCAUCACAGAAUUCAUACUGAAGAGAAACCUUAUAAAUGUAAUUAAUGUGGCAAAAGAGUUCAAUUAAACUUCACACCAGGCAAAAUACCGGAGAAUGUAUGCUAGAGAGAAACACUAUAAUUAUAAUGAAUAUGGAAAGGUGUUCCAUUAUAUUUCACAUCUUGCAUAACAUCGGAGAAUGCAUACUGGGGAGAAACCUUAUAAAUGUAGCCAGCUAUGGUGUCUCACACCUGUAAUCCUAUCACUCUAGGAGGCUGAGGUGAGAGGAUUGCUUGAGCUCAGGAGUUUGAACCCAGCCUGAGGAAAAUACCAAAAAAAUAGAAAUAGUGAGCAUUGUAGUACAUGCCUGUUCUGUUGUCCCAGCUACUCUGGAAGCUAAGGCAGGAGGAUUGCUUGAGCCCAGGAGUUUGAGGUUGGAUGAUGCCACCACACAGUACCCAGGACCACAGAGUGAGACUGUCACACACAGAAAAAGCUUGCAAAUGUAAUGAAUGUGGCAAGGUCUUCAUUAAAUUUCAUACCUUCCACAACAUUGGACAAUUUAUACUGGAAGGAAACCUUACAAAUAUAAUGAAUGUGACAAGGUGUUCAGUCACAGUUCAUACCAUGUACAACAUCUGAUAAUCCAUACAGGUGAGAAACCUUACAACACGUAAUGAAUGUGGUAAGGUGUUCAGUCACAGUUCAUACCAUGUACAUCUGAUAAUCCAUACAGGUGAGAAACCUUACAACACGUAAUGAAUGUGGCAAGGUGUUCAGCUGCAAUUCAUACCUGGUGUGACAUCUAAUAAUUCAUACUGGUGAGAAACGUUACAAAUGUAAUGAAUGUGGCAAAGUCUUGAGUCAGAAUCCAUAUCUUGUAUAUCAUUGGAGAAUUCCAACUGGACAGAAACUGCAUAAGUGUAAUUUAUGUGGAGUGGUCUUCAGUCCAAACUCUUCCUUAUGUCGUCGUGCUCAUACUGGAGAGAAUCCUUACAAAUGUAAUGUGUGGGCAAAUCCUUUAGUGUGCAUUCAAGUCUUAUUAUCAUGUAAUCCAUAUUGGAGAAACCUUUCAAAUGUAAUGAAAUUAAUAUGGCAGGGUUUCAGUGACAAUUCAUACCUUGGACAUCAUAAGAGAUUUCAUGCUGGAGAGAAAUCUUAUUAAUGUAGUAAUGUCAUUAUGUAAUUAACAAGGGAAGGUAUUUUCUCAACAUUAAAAUUUUGGAAGACAUUGGGUAAUUCGUACUAGAAAGAAACAUUGCAAGUGUAAUGAAUGCAGCAAAGCCAUUAGUGCUCAUUUAAGGUUUAAUUAGCCAUCAGUUAAUCCAUAGCAGAGAGCAGCCUUACAAAUGUAUUGAAUGUGGCAAGCCUUAGGGUAUAAUUCGGACAUCAGUAGUUUCUAAACAAUUCUUUCUGGAGACAAACCUUAACAAAUGAGUGCAGCAAAUCUUUUAAUGUACAUUCAGUCCUCAACACAUCAGAUAACCCAUACAGGGAAGAAACCAUUUAAAUGUAAUGAAUGUGGCACAAUCUGCCACAAUUCACACCUUACACAUCAUCAGAGAAUCUGUACUUGAAAGAAACAUUACAAAUAGGAUGAGGGUUUCAAACCUUCACUAAAAGUUCAAGCAUGAGGCCAGGCACAGUGGCUCAUGCUUGUAUUCCUAGCUCUCUGGGAGGCUGAGGCGAGUGGGUUGCUCAAGG